CUUUUCUCAAUAUCAUUUCUUCGCAAACAACAAGGCCGAAAAGAAACCUGGUUAAAUAAACUGCGAGUGACAAGAGAUACGUCAUGAACGGCAUUUCGGAGCAAAGAUCCUCACCAAAAACGGUAUUUGAAGAUCUUCGACUAUCAAUCGACCCAACCACUAUCCGCCUUGCACUAGGUGAAAAACCUGUGAAAUCCAUUGAUCCAGAUGGAACUAUUGCUUAUGAUGAGACCAAAACACCUGACGCAAAGCUCACGGAGCAGCUGGAAAGAAUAUGGAACGAAUACCCGAAUGGCUUGCUUGAACUCACAGAACGAAAGCUCGAAAGAUUGCCUCCCGAUGAGGACGCAGUCAAGCCCCAAGGAGAGGGCGUUGACGAGGAAAAGAAACGCGAUCCGUUCAGUAUGAUGACAUAUGAAGAAAUGGAAAAGUUGAGGUCCGAGAUAUUUCUGCAACUUAAUGAUGCUCGCAAUGAACUCUGGUUCGUCCUUGAGCUCGCCAAAACACUUUCAUCAUCUUCCUCGUUCACUACCCAGCCUCCUCCGCCUCCUGCCGCACUCCAUCAGAAGAAAGGCAAGGCCAAGCCAGCUCCUCCAGCUCCAACUACCCUUCCGUCCAUCCCCGGAGAGCCACCCAUCCUACCUCCCGGAACAUUCUCCACUACCCCAUCUGAUUUCCCCAUUAAACCUCCUCACGCACAAAUAUACGAGCUAGAGCGGUUGCUUCAAGCGAAACGGAUCGCAUUAAACGAGUGUCAGGGGCUAAUCGAUGGAGCAGUAGGAGAGCUGAGGUUGAUGGCUCAUGCUGGUGAUAGAUUUUGGAAAGAUAUCAGGAAUUUGAAAGAGGGUGAAGGAGGGAGAGGCCAGUGGGCGGUGGUGCCUAAGCCUGAUUUUGGCAGAGUCGGUGGAGAAGGAGAAAAGGCCAAGGAUGUGGUCAUUCCUUACGCAAUCGAUGAAGCGCCGAGUGGAACACGUGCAAGAUGUCUUGCCGGUUUCGACCUGGACCCAACGAAGAAAGACGGCCUAACUUUUGGAGAUCGCCAUCAUCUGCGGCUUCGAGCUACUCUCAGAGAUGACUCUGGUGCGGUAAUAUCGUCAACCCCUGUGAAGGUCGAGGACCAGUCAGACGUACGAGCUAUGAUGGAGGCUGCGCAGAUGGAAGCCUUCGAUGAGGAUCUUUUCAAUGAAAUUCGUUUUGCGGCUGCUAGAAUACCUAAGAACGAAACUGAACCACAACGCGUCUCUUUCCCUGUGGCCGACAAAAUUCUCUCAUUUGAGCUUUAUGACACAAGGUCUCUGCCUUCCUCACCUACAUCAUCUAUCUGUGAUAUCAUAGUAUCCUCCACCCGUCUUAGUCUCCUCAACAUUCAUAGACAACGCAAAAUCAACCUCGUCGCACCUUCCCAAAAUUUUGCAUCCCCUAUACCGUCCAUCCUACUACCUAUCAUCGAUACCUUACGCUUCAGACAGUUGUGUAGUUUGGUGAGCUCGACGUUGAAUGGAUUUGAUAGGACGCUACGUGAUGCGGGAUUGGACUCGAGGAUGGAAAAGAGAAUGUUAAAGGAUGGACAGGAUGAAAUAAAAGAAAUGCGGGCGGUUUUGCUAGGUAAGAGAGGUGCGGAAGUCCUGACUGGAGAAUAUUCAUUAGGGAUUGAUGACAGCUAUAUUAUCACCAUCAAUAUUUCUGCGCCUUACAACACCAUUGUCUACCUUUCAAGCAUUUCCUUUCCUCUAGCAAACCCAGAUGAGCUGUCACAAGUUGUGUCUGACGACCUUUCGGUUCAACUUCUUAGGCUUGCGUCCCGACACUUACAUGGAAAACUUGCUGAUGAACACAAGAAAGGGCUGUACUUUGAUUCUUUGGAAGAAGUCAUCAGGAUUGGCGAGACUGGUUUGCUCAGAUUGUCAAUACCAGCUUCUUUUCAUACUAUCUACGGUAGCGUUGAAUCUGACUGGAUCAGCGUCCAGGCGUACGACUCAAGACAGUCAGACAUAACCGUCUUUGCGUGGCUGGAUACAGUGACGCACGCGAUUGAAAGUAGCUUGUCGAGCAAUGGGUCAACUACGCAAGUUCGUUGACGAACUGGGCGGCAGCAGA